AUGUCAUUCACAAACACACGGAGAGCAUCUCCAUCUGUGAGACGAACGUUCGUGCGGUAUCUUUGAAAGAACGUCAGUCUACGGUGAAACUCUCCGAUGAAACGUCAAAAUAAAGCUCGUUCGAGCUGCAAAUCGACAUGGUCGACUACGUUCAAAUAUUGAGCGCGAUCGUCGCGGUCUUCCUCGCGCUGUACUAUUAUCUCACGUCGACGUUCGACUUUUGGAAAAGUCGCGGUAUUGUUGGACCGCGGCCUCUGCCGAUGUUCGGCAACCUGAAGCAUGUGCUGCAGAGAAAAAUGAUCAUGGGCGAUUGCGUGAGAAAGUUGUACGAGGAGUACAAGAGCCAGCCGAUGUUCGGCAUAUUUCUGAGAAGUUCGCCCGCGCUUGUUCUCUGCGACUUAGAUCUUGUCAAGGACGUGCUGAUCAAAAACUUCUCUACGUUCGACGAUCGAGGUCUAGGGAUUCCCGAGAAAACUGAUCCACUGGGGUCGAAUCUCUUCAGCGUAGACGCGACAAGAUGGCGACCAUUACGAAUGAGACUCUCGCCGGUGUUCACCUCCGGUAAGCUAAAGGAAAUGUUUUCCUUGAUAUGGGAGUGUGCCAGAAAUUUGGAGCAAUGCCUGGAGAAGCUGGCAGAGAAGGGGGAACCGGUGGAAUGUCAAGAGAUAGCAGCGAGAUUUACCACCGAUGUUAUCGGUAGCUGCGCUUUCGGCAUCGACAUGAACGCACUGUCGAACGAGGAGAGCGAAUUCCGAAGGAUCGGGAAGCAAAUCUUCGACCAGAAUUGGAAAGCGUUCUUCAGGGCCACUUUUCGAGAUAUGUUCCCACGAUUGUACAAUGCGCUUUGGUUCAUCAUACCGGAGUCAGAGUCUAGUAAAUUCGUUACGAAACUGGUCACGGAUACGAUGAAAUAUAGGGAGGAGAACAACAUCGUUAGGCCAGAUUUUAUAAACAUACUGAUGGAAAUGAGGAAGAAUCCGGAAAAGCUAGAGAACAUCAAGUUAACAGACUCGAUUCUCGCUGCGCAAGCUUACGUCUUCUUCGCAGCUGGAUUUGAAACGUCUUCGACGACGAUCUCGCACACCCUCUACGAAAUGGCAAUGAACACCGACAUACAGGACAAACUUCGAAAGGAAAUACGAGAAUUCCAUGCCAAAAAUAAUGGAAGCUUCCAAUACGAAGAAGUGAAACAAAUGAAGUAUCUGGACAAAAUAUUCAAAGAAACGCUUAGGAAGUAUCCACCGGCAACACUUCUAAUGCGGAUGUGCAACGCUGACUAUACUUUCAAUGGUACCAAAGUAACGAUCCCGAAAGGUACUAGGGUCAUGAUCCCUGUGUUCGCGAUUCACAGGAAUCCAAAUAUUUACCCGAAUCCUGACAAAUUCGAUCCUGAAAGAUUUGACGAAGAAGCCGUGGCGGCGAGGCAUCCGAUGACCUUCCUACCGUUCGGCGAUGGACCAAGAAAUUGCAUUGGAUCACGAUUUGCAAUUUAUCAAACGAAAGUGGGACUGAUAAAGAUAUUGCAGAAUUUCAGAGUAGAUCCUUGCGAUAGGACAUUAAUUCCCUACGUUAACGAUCCGAAAGCCUUAAUAUUGUGUCCUAAGGAUAAAGCUAUAUUGAAAAUAAGCAAAGUAAAGGAUCUAUUUUUAUUAUUACAAUUUUAUUUGUUAAUAUCAAUGUAAAUAAUUACACUUUAAUAUACAAUAAAUUUACUUCUGCGAACUUCAACGAUUUAAAGAAACAUUAA